AUGGGCAUCUUCCCUAUGAUUUUCUCUCUAUUGGUACUCAGGUCACUAGGAAAGCCAAUAGCUCUGGUAUCUGGAGGUGUAACAAGCCAUCGGAGCCCCGAAGGGAACUGGGCGCAACCAUCCCGUGCCGGUGCCACGCUGCAUGGCUGCCUGAAGAGCUGCGGCAAGCUGAGCUUCACGGAGUAUCCCUUUGGCAUCGGAUCCAGGUGCUCGCGCGGGCCUGACUUCAACCUCAUUUGCAACGACACCGCUCAUCCACCGAGGCUCUUCUUGCGCGACGGCAUCACCGAGAUGAUCAAAUUUGGCAAUCCUACUUUAUUAAAUUCAAUCUGGGCCUCCGUCUCCCAUACCAUCCCCAUACAACCUGGUGUCAGUGUCUACAACUUGUCUUUGAAACCGCCUGGGAGAUCCUUCCAUCUUCAUUCCAUUGCUCUAAAGAUAACUGGCUGUGACCUGGAGGUGUACUCCAUCGAAGAGAACUCCGUUAAGUCAAUCUGUGCAACUGUGUGCCCAGAUCCAGAAAUCACGGAGAUAGUAGCUACGCACAACUGUAAUGGCUUUGGAUGUUGUCGUGUACACAUGGAAAGCUAUGCCAACACUUACCAGUUGAAAUUUGUCCACAUCACAAAAAACACCAGCACGGGCUCGAACAAGACCUCUCCACUGUGGGAUAGAAUCAGCAUAACUAGUGAAGGGCCGAGUGGUUUUAAGCUAUCGUGGCAGAUAGUUGACCAAUCCAACUGUGUUGCUGCCAUGCAAAACAUGAAAAACUGUGCCUGUAUCGGCGAGUAUGCCAAGUGCAUUGACAGUACAACCAAUUCCUGUGACAUCGACGAUGCGGAGUGCAUUGACAGAAGCUAUGGCUACAGCUGUAUUUGCAGCACUGGUUAUUCAGGCAACCCCUACAUUCCACAUGGCUGCUUGAUCGAUGAAGGGUAUAAUCCAAUUCUGAGUAGAGAUGAUUGCACCCGUUGGUGUGGUUAUACUGAGGUGCCAUUCCCAUUCGGCUUAGAAGAGGGUUGCUUUGCAAUGAAACAGUUCCACCUCAACUGCACAGAUAUGACAUCAUCAGCUGGAUUGGUCAUGUUGGAGGAGAAACAGGUCAUCGAUAUAAAUAUCGAGGAAGGGACCGUUAACCUCAUGAAUCCUGACAUAAAAGGGGAACAUAUUGCAUCUCAACAUGUUCUUUUUCCUAUUCCUUAUGGGUCAUUCUCCUCUGUGCAAUGGGUUGCUGGUUAUCUAAGUUGUGCGCAGGCCCGGCAGAAUAUGUCUGGAUAUGCUUGCGUGAGUAUCAACAACAAGUGUGUGGAAGUAGGUGUUGAAGGGGUUGGUGUUGUUGAUAGGGGUUAUCGCUGCAAAUGCUCAGAUGGCCUUGUAGGAAAUCCAUACAUCCAAUCUGGUUGUGAAGGUAUAAUUGUUGGGCUGUCCUGUGGUUUCGGUGUCCUACUUAUGAGCUUCAGUGUAGUGCUUCUCACUCGUAGAUGGAAAAUAAAUGUUCAAAAGCAACUACGGAAUAACUAUUUCCGAAAGAACCAAGGUCUUCUCCUAGAAACACUGAUAUCAUCUGAUGAAAGUGCAAACGAGAAUACAAAGAUUUUCUCAUUAGAAGAGCUGGAGAAGGCAACAAAUAACUUUGAUCCUACACGUAUCAUCGGACGUGGGGGUCAUGGCAUGGUUUACAAAGGCAUAUUAUCCGAUCAGCGUGUCGUUGCAAUAAAAAAGUCUAAGGUCAUUGAGGAGUCUGAGAUCAGUCAA